AUGAAAUUAUUAAUUCUUUUAAUAAUUUUAAUUAUAAAUUUAAAAUUGUAUUUAUGUAAUUUAGAAAUUGAAAAUUUAUUUAUUGAAUGGACAAAUAAAUAUAAUAAAAUAUAUAGUAAUAAAGAAUUUUAUAUGAGAUUUAAUAAUUUUAAAAAGAAUAAAGAAUAUGUUGAUCAAUGGAAUGAAAAACAAUUGGAAACUAUUUUAGAAUUAAAUUUUUUUGCUGAUUUAUCAAGAAACGAAUAUAUAAAUAAUUAUCUUGCAAGUUUUAUUGAUAUUUCAAAUAUUGAACAAAAGAAUACUAAAUAUGAAGGAAAUUUAAAAAAUAAUUUUAACAAUUCAAUAAAAUCAAUUGAUUGGAGAAAUUUUGAUGCAGUAACACCUGUAAAAAAUCAAGGUUUAUGUUCUGGAGCUGGUUAUUCAUUUUCUGCAAUUGGAGUAAUAGAAAGUUCACAUUUUAUUAAAAAUAAAGAAUUAAUAACAUUAUCUGAACAAAAUAUUAUUGAUUGUACAACUGAUAUGGGCAAUAAUGGUUGUAUGGGUGGACUUGCUUUAAUUGCAUUCGACUAUAUUAUUAAACAAAAAGGAAUUGACAGUGAAUUUAAUUACCCAUAUGAAGGAUACCUAAUAGAACCAUAUGAAGGUAGAGGAAGAUGUCGUUAUAAUUCAUUCUAUUCAAAAGCUUCAAUUAGUUCAUAUAUUGAAAUUGAAAGAUUCAAUGAGAAUGAAUUAACUCAAUCUCUAAUAAAAUCUCCAGUAUCUGUAAUGAUUGAUGCUUCACAAUUAUCAUUUAUGCUUUAUAAAUCUGGUGUUUACAAAGAUCCAUCUUGUUCAAGUACAAUAUUAAAUCAUGGAAUAUUAAAUAUUGGAUUUGGUGUGACACCUGAAAAUGGUAAUGAAUAUUAUAUUUUAAAAAAUUCUUUUGGUUCGAAAUGGGGAAUGAAAGGUUACAUUUAUUUAUCUAGAAAUUUUAAUAAUCAUUGUGGUAUAUCUUCAGUUGGAAUUUCUGUUGUUAUUUAA